UCAUAUAACUUAAUCAAGAUUGUGCAUCUAUAAAGAAUUCCAGAACAUAAAUUCUUUUUCUGUCGAGCUGAUUUUUAACAUCUCAAUCCUUUAUCCACCGGAGUUGUCUGCUCUAGCUCUAAUAAACUCUAAUAUACUAAGCAAUUAUUUGUUACCGGUUUCUGUUUGUUACAAUUGUUCGUCAUCGAAUGCAAAUUGCAUGUAGCUCCUCGCUCUCAAGAUGUCACCUGCUCCUGACGUAAAUGAUAUUUUAAGGUUUAUUUUUUAUCAUUGUGGGGGGUCGACGUCAAAACAUGUUUUCCUUUUUCUUUUUCGAGUGUUAUAAGAACCUCGGUGAUAUCUGUGACGGAGUAAUUUUGCAACCAGACAGCAAUAAGACGUUCUUUAGAUUUUGCACAAAAAGUCUGUUACAUUUAACGUUUUGCAAACUUGUAUUAUGUGAAGAAAACUAAAGAUCUAAUCGUGUUUUGUGGUGCGCUGCAACGCGAAAUAAUCACAGCGAUAUUUUAUUAGAUUGAGUUAACAAAAAAACGUUUGUCUAACUAAAUCUGCGAAAUUGAACUUGAAUUAAAUAAACGUAAUUUAACGCGACGUAAAAAAUUGCAAUUAAUACCUGCGAGAUUUAUAAAUAUAAUGUUUGUUGAUUUUUAACAAUAAAAGUAUAACAGUUUAUACGCAGUUAAAAUAAAAUAGUUUUGAACUACGACAAUCACUAUGCCGUACAUCGAGUCAGACGAUUGUGAUUCCAAAGCAAACUCUAAUCUCCAGUUGACUAAGCUUUCCGAAGAUUACGCAAUUAAAUCGAAAAUCGCGUGUUCGAUCUGGGUAGAGAAGAAAGAUGAUCGAUCCACCCGGAUGUUGGCACGCUUUCUUAGCACUCGAGAUCAAGAUCAAGCAACGAACGCCGAAGAUGUUUUAUUUGACAUGUUCAAGAACGAGGAGACCGGUCUUGUAUCAGCCGCGGAAUUUCUAGCUGCUUUAAGGAUAACUGGUUUACGGAAAAAUGAUCCUCGACUUCAAGAACUUACUGACAAUCUGAAAAAAGAGCACGCCAAGAAUAACGAUCGCACUAAAGCUAUAUCGCACGAAACGCAGAAGCUAGAUAGAGAACAAUUCAGAAGGAUCAUAAAUCCCAAUAUCGUCUUGAUCUCGCGAGCGUUCAGGCAUCAGUUCAUAAUUCCCGACUGGUCAGGUUUCACAAAACACAUCGAAGAUUUUUAUUGGAAAUGCAAAACGAACACCGAAGGCAAGGUCGCCUCCUAUAUACCGCAGUUAGCCAAGAUGAAUCCAGAAUAUUGGGGCGUAUCCGUGUGCACCAUUGAUGGUCAGCGAUUCAGCAUUGGAGAUACCUCAAUACCGUUCACCCUUCAAAGCUGCAGUAAACCUUUGACCUAUGCGAUAGCCUUGGAGAGGCUGGGUAACGAAGUGGUGCAUCAGUACGUUGGUCAAGAGCCGUCCGGUAGAAAUUUCAACGAGCUCGUACUAGAUUAUAAUAAGAAGCCGCACAAUCCAAUGAUCAACGCCGGCGCGAUAUUAAUUUGCUCGCUUCUGAAAACGUUAGUCAAGCCGGAAAUGGGCCUGGCCGAGAAAUUCGACUUCACGAUGAAUUGUUUCAAAAGAUUGGCCGGUGGUGAGAAUCUCGGGUUUAACAACGCCGUCUUUUUGUCAGAGCGAGAGGCGGCCGAUCGAAAUUACGCUUUAGGAUUUUACAUGAGGGAGCACAAAUGCUAUCCGGAAAAGACGAAUCUGCAGGAAGUUAUGGAUUUCUAUUUCCAGUGCUGCGCUAUGGAAGCAAAUUGCGAGACAAUGUCGAUAAUGGCAGCUACAUUAGCGAACGGCGGCAUUUGCCCGAUUACCGAGGAGAAGGUCCUAAAACCGGACAGCGUCCGCGAUGUCCUGAGUCUUAUGCACAGCUGCGGCAUGUACGACUAUAGCGGACAAUUCGCGUUCAAAGUUGGCAUACCGGCCAAGUCCGGCGUGUCGGGAAGCCUUCUCGUGGUAAUUCCAAACGUCAUGGGAAUUUGCACGUGGUCACCACCCUUGGAUCCGCUCGGCAAUUCCUGUCGCGGUGUGCAGUUCUGCGAGGAGCUCGUGCGCGAAUUUAACUUCCACAGGUACGAUAAUCUGAAGCACGCGACGAAUAAGAGAGAUCCUAGACGGCACAAAUACGAAACGAAAGGCCUCUCGAUCGUUAAUCUUCUGUUCAGCGCUGCCAGUGGUGACGUCACAGCGAUGAGAAGACACCGAUUGAGUGGGAUGGAUAUGACACUGUCGGAUUACGAUGGCAGAACCGCGUUGCACUUGGCCGCCAGCGAAGGUCAUCUAGAUUGCAUCGAGUUUCUGAUCGAGCAUUGCGGGGUCCCACAUGAUCCCAAGGACAGAUGGGGUAAACGACCAGUCGACGAAGCCGAGACUUUCGGGCACGUGCAGGUGGUGGAGUAUCUGAACAACUACGCUCUCGUCCGUAAGACCGAAUUAGAGAACAAACAGAACGAACGUAUCGAUGAAGUUAAACCGGAAACGGCAGUGCAGUCGCCGUGAGCAAUAAGCGAUGACGAAUUUAUUCGGAACUGGAGUGAGUCGAGGAACCGAGGGUGAGGGUGGGAACAAGGACUUACGUGAAAGCUGUCGAGUGGAGAAAAAAACGAGACGACGUAUCGAUCGUAGUAACAGCAGAACGAGGUCGCAAGAAAAUACGUUUUUAUUCUAUGUAACCAGAGAAUUUUUCAAUAUUAUAUUAUUUGAAUGGUAUAGCACAUAUAUGAUAUAUAGAAUUAUUUCAUAACUAUAUUUAUGUAGUAGCUAAUCGCAAUUAGUAAAUGCGUUUUGGAACAUAUUUUUUAUUUAUCAACCUUAAUGCAAAAAAAUUUUUACAUCAGCCUUAAACGGACAAUAACGGGGAACAAUCAUUCUAUCAGUUUUUGAACGCGUGACCUCGUUCUAUUUACGCGCGACAGAUUCGAGUUAUCUCAGCAUUGAGCAACAUACUCAGAUUAAGAAUAACUGUGAUUAAUAUUACGUAUGGGUCUUUUUUCCAUGAUUUAGUUUAUUAAAAGUGAGAAGUUUGUUUCCAUUACUUUAUUAAUUUAUAUGUUACUUCUACCUCGUAUUCUUUACUAUCGUAUUCCUCACCAUCAUAUAUUCACUCUUUAAGAUACACUUCGAUAUCUUUUCUGCUUUUGAAUGUAAAUGCGAGAGAAACUUCCAAUUUACAUAUCAGAUCAAUAAAAGUACAAACCAAGUGCUAUCCGAUUUUUAAGUUUGAAAUAUUCUGUCUUUAUGUUUGACAGAAUAUUCAGUUAACAGGAGAUAAUAUGCUUUAAUUACUUCACAAUUUUGAAUAAUUUGAGCUAUUUUUGAGCUGUUAUAUUUAAUAAGGCAUAAAUUCUUUUGUCUUUUAUCGACACAAGUCUAUCUUAAAAACGAGGCAAAAAAAGUGGCUAUUUCGGGAAUAAAUUUUUAGAAUUAAUUUGUUCAAUAAUAAAGUAUUUCGCCCGACAGCAAAAUACAUUAAUGUAAAAAAAUUACUAACGUUGUAAAAUAAGAGUCAAUUUAAUGAAUUGAAAAUUUUAAAUAAGCAUAGACUAUUUAAUACGUAUAAAUUGAGGUUGUAAGAGACAUUAAAUAUUUCCGUUUUUUAUUUUCUAAUUUCUUUUUUUUUCUCUCACAUUUAAAUAAUAUAAAAACAAUAAUUUUAUAAAAUUGAAGAUAUUGACAAAUUGUCAUAUUGUCUCAACACAGUGGCGCUUAUUAUUAUUCCUCUAUUUAAUUCUGGAAGUAGUAAGUUAUUUUUCUAAUACAAUGGCGCAUAAAUACGCAAAUAACUAGCCAAUCGGGAAAUACAGAUGUUAUCUCGGUGGAAAUUCUUCGUAACAAAUCGCGCGUGAAUCGUGCGUUAAACAUAUCUUUCUGAAUAUACUUUCCGUGAUGUUUUAGAGAUUCUUUGAAGAUAUGGAAUGUAUAUCCGUCUUAGAGAGGAAUAUUUACUAUUUCGCAAGCGUCCAUUGUGAGAGAAACUCUUAAAAAAGUAUUAACUUAAUGUGAUAUCUUAAUAGAGAGACAUAUUUUAUUUUAACAACGUCCCUCUUUUCUUCAUUAUGUUCUUUAAUAACGUAAUGUUAUUAAAGUUAGUUAAUGUUUUUUAAAAAAGUUUACGUCUGUAUUAAAAAUUAGUUACCUUUCGAUUGUUUUUAUCUAUUGUUUGGAAAAAGGCAGAUAAAUAAUCUGUGCAGAUAAUUUUUAUGUCAUUCAUAAUUAAUUAAAGAAUUAGGCAUUUACAUGAGAGACGGAAUGUUACGGUAAUCUCUAUUUCUUCCGUCUAUAAUAUCAUCUACUAUAAUGUAUAGAAUAAUAUGUACGUUGUUUCCAUAGAUAUAGUUAAACGGAUAACGCCAAUUCUGAGUACAAUUAUAUGCUUAUUUUUCAGUGUAUGAGCGAGUACUCAGUAUCGCCAUACUGUUGUUGUUACGCUACAUAAAUGUGCCGACAGAUGCAAAAAGGCUGGAAAAGUCAAUUUCUCGCGAACGCGUCAACUAUAACGAUUACGAUUACGCUAACAAUUACACUAGCGAUUAUAUAUAUAUUCUAUGUAUGUUAGACAACUAUAUUUUCGAAUAAAUUAGCUAGGAUCGCUUCGCGUAGAGAGAAACCUGAUCUUAUAUUUUCAAACGGGCAAAAGAUGACAAUAACGUUACAUCGUAUGAGAACGUAAUUCUCAUGUGAGAGGUGGAUAUAGAUUCGUAAUUUUUUGUCACUAAAAGAACAGAAUUUAUGUGGCAUAAAACUGUUUAUAAUACAUUUUAAGAAAUGUAUAAUUUUUUUACCUAAUCUAUUCGUGAGGAAUUAGUUACAGUAUUAGUAGAUGUGAGAUAAGUUUAACAACGAAAAGCCUUCACAUAUUUUUCUAUGAUAGUUAUAUUAACAUAUGUAUAUGACUGUGGCGUUUUUAAUUAAACAAUUGUUGAGAAAUUCGAUAAUCUCAAACUUCCUAUUUCUAAAAAGAUUUUAUUUAUAGUUAGUAAAUUGUUUGUGUAAUUUGUGCAAUCCAGACCAAGUAUUGCGUCCACCUCUGUACUUGUUCUGUCUAUGAAAUAAAGUAUUAAAUAAAAAAUAA